CCUGCACACGCGGCAGGGCAGGGUGGCAGUGGGCGCUGACAGACCCAUGGGGCUCUGCCAAGUGACCCGAGGGCUCCGGGGUCGGCUGUUUGCUCCUCCCUGAGUGUGACUGACAGCCACACGGCUGUCUGUCCGCCUGACUGCCUGUCUGUCUCUGUGUCUGCCUGGCUGGCCACCUGCCUUCUGCCUGACUUCCCCUGUCUGUCCGUCUGUCCGUCUGGCGGCCCCAGGUCUGCCGUGUGUCUCCCCGGGGCCGCUGAUCUCUGCCUUCUGUCUGUGCGUGACCUCCCUGGGAUGUGACCGACCCUUGCCUGUGACCCCGGCUGGCGCCCUCUGUGUGGCCCGCUGGCCUGGAGCCUGGCCGUCCAGCCCAGUGACAGGUCGCACGCUUGUCUGGCUGGUGACUCAGGGCAGGCUGCGGAUCCCCACCCCCUAGACCUGCCUGCGCCUUUGACUCUGGUCCCCCAGCCCCACACCGAGCCAGGCCCCCAGCUUGGGGAGCCCACUGGAUUGCCACUGACACACAGAAUGGAUUCCUGAGGGAGAAGCCAGGAUAGCAGGAUCCCGGGAGUCAGCAUGCUGCGUGGCUGGGCAGCCCCUCUGUUCCUCCUCAUGCUCCGGGGUGCUUGGGGUUGCCUAGACCUCGUCUGCUACACCGAUUACUUCAAGACAGUCACCUGCACCUUGGGGACAUGGACCCUCCCCCUGGGCACACUCACCCUCACCUGGCAAGACCUAUACGGAGAACUCGUGGACGAGGUCACCUCCUGCAGCCUCCGCUGGUCCACGCACAACGCCACGCACACAGAGUACACGUGUCACAUGGACGUGUUCCACUUCAUGGCCGAUGACAUUUUCAGUGUCAACAUGACCGAUCCAUCUGGCAAUUACUCCCAGGAGUGUGGCAGCUUUGUCCUGGCCAAGAGCAUCAAGCCGUCCCCCCCUUUCAACGUGACCGUGACCUUCUCGGAACAUUAUAACGUCUCCUGGGACUCCAGUCACGACUCCUACCCGCUGAAGGGCAAGCUGCAACAUGAACUGCGGUACCGGAAGCAGGGAGACCCCUGGGCUCUGAGUCCACAGAGAAAGCGGAUCUCGGUGGACUCCAGAAGCGUCUCUCUCCUUCCCUUGGAGUUCCGCCUCAACACGGACUAUGAGUUCCAGGUGCGCUCAGGGCCGCAGCCCGGUUCUUCCUUCCAGGGGACGUGGAGCGAGUGGAGUGACCCAGUCACCUUUCGCACCCCGCCAGAAGAGCUAAAGGGAGGCGGCCACAUUCACCUGCUGUAUAUCUUCCCCGUCAUCAUAGUCAUAGUCUUCUUAGGCCUGAAGAUUGACCUGCCUUGGAGGCUGUGUAAGGAGUGGGUGCAGGUGCCCAGCCCAGAGCAGUUCUUCAAGCCCCUUUACGUGAGCCACAGCGGAGACUUCAAGAAAUGGGUAGGCACACCCUUCACUGCGUCCAGCUUGGAGCUGGUACCCUGGAGCCCAGAGGCGCUCUCAUCCCUGGAGACGCAUGCCCACUGCCCGCCGCAGAGGGCCAGCAAGGGGCCGCAGCCCACGGAGCUGCCGGAGCCCACGGACCUGGUGGAGGCGGACGGGCUGCUCGGGCCGGGAUUCUGGGGCCCAGCCCACUGCAUCCCCAGCAGUUUUGGCGGCCUGGCCUACAGCCCGGAGAGGGACCGGCCGUACGGCCUCUUGUCCAUCGACACAGUGAUUGUGGCGGAUACCGAGGGGCCGUGGCCCUGCACCUGUGGAGAUGAUGGCUAUCCAGCCCUGAACUUGGACGCCGGUCUGGAGGCCAGCCCGAGCACCGAGGACCCGCUCUUGGACACGGGGACCACAGUCCUGUCCUGUGGCUGCGUCUCCUCCGGUGGCCACGCCGGGCCAGGAGGCCCUCUGGGCAGCCAGCUCAACAGGCUAAAGCUGCCCCUCCCCGAGGAGGCAGGGUGGACCCCGGGGCCACGCUGGAGCGGCGGGCCGCCCCGAGGGGGGUCUGACAGCGAGGCAGGCUCCCCCCCGGCCGGCCUGGACAUGGACACUUUCGACAGCGGCUUUGCGGGCUCUGACUGCGGGAGCCCCGUGGAGUGUGACUUCACCAGCUCCAGGGACGAAGGGCCCCCCAGGAGCUACCUCCGCCAGUGGGUGGUCGUGACCCCCCCACCUGAGGCAGCAGGGCCCCCAGCCAGCUAGUGGGGCCGACUGGCCAUCCAGAGCCACUCAGUCCUGAGCCAGAGCUGCGGCCACCUGGGCCGGAGGGCGAAGGGGCCUGCGACCUUCAGUUCUCCUGAUGGGGCUCGGAGCCUGCUGCUUACAGUGUGCCUGUGUGACCCAGGCACGCACUGGUGUGGACAUGCGACGUGCCCGUGGUGGAGCCAUAGGCCCAAGGCCACACGUGUCUGUGCCCAUGGGAGGUCCCUGUGUGCACGGACAAGAGAAGGACAUAUAUAUGUCUGUGGCUGCGCGCACAGGAUGGCAGCCUCCCUCUUGGCCAGACACAUGGGGUGGCCCCGGGUCAUGUGCCGAGAGGCUGGUCCAGGGCUGCUCACAGCUCUGUGGGGACUCGGCCACGCUGCCUGUGACACCCGCAUCCCAGCCUCCAGAUCCCGCCUCCAGGAGCCACAAGAAGUCCAGUGUGCCCCUUUUCACUUUUCAGGGGGACGGGGAGGGGAUGGAGUGAGCCCGCUGUGGCCCUACGUGUGGGAAAGUUGUGGGGGGAUAGGCGCGAACCCGGGUCUGCUCCCCACCUGCGAUGCCUCUGGGCUGUGCCGCCUUGGGCCGGCUGCUUCCGCCCUCUGGGCUGGACUUUUCUGUCUGGACAAGGGUGUGGGGGGCAUGGCCCACCCUGGGGAGAGAUGGGUGAGGGCGCCCCGUGUACGGGAUGUGGCAGGCCAGACCCUCAAUAAACUUAGCUUCCUUCCUUCCGCA